GCAGCAUGCACAGGCUCAUCGGGCUCCUCAGGAGCGUGCGGGAGCGCUCGACGUCCGGCAGCGCUUCCGCGCCCGGCGCCGCCGGGGCCUCCGAGCUCCGGGAGAAGGGCCAGGGCGCGCUGCACAGCGCGGCCGCCAGCGGUGACCUGGCCGAACUGCAGCGGCGCUGGUGGUGGUGGCAGAGACUCCGCAUCAACAGGCGGGACGCGAAGAAGCAGACGCCUCUGCAUCUUGCUUGCGCGAAUGGCCAUGCAGACGUUGUGCGAUUUCUAGCAGGAAAGAAGUGCCAGCUAAACCCUCGUGACAGCUUGAAGAAAUCGCCGCUGAUGAAGGCAGUAGACCACCAGCACAAAGACUGUGUGACUAUUCUGCUGGAGCACGGUGCCAAACCCAACCUCAAAGGUGCUGGCGGCAACACUGCCCUUCACAUGGCUGCUGUCAUUCCUAGCAAACCUCUAGUGGAGCUGUUACUUGAGCACAAUGCCCAUAUCGAUGCUCAGAAUGAGGACCCCUCUUAUGAUUGCUGUUCUUGCUGGGAAUAUGAAUACAAUAAAAAGCCUUCUUCGACAUGGUGCUGAUCUUUCUCAUCAAGACUGUAUUGGCAAGCAAGCUACGCACUAUGCCAGAGAGUUAACGCUUUACACCAAUAUUGCUGAGCAACUGGAGGAAUACAUCAGGUGUGAAAUGACAGGAGAAUGUUCUGCGGGAGGCACAGAAGGCCCAGCAGUACUGGACAGCUUUUGCGCUGGGACAGCUGCUCAUUGUCCCUUGGGGGGACCUGCAAUGACCAGAGCAGGUGUCUUGCCAGCAGCAGCAGAACAGCAAGAGGAAGAAGUUCACACUCCUUCUGAUUCUAAGACGGAUUCCGAAGCUCCAAACAAAG